GCCGCAGGUUGCUUGCAGCCUCAGCGCUCAGUACUCAGUAUCGAUAGCUUUCUACCUCACAAUUAUCACUCAUGCAAUUAUUUCCGAAUUUUGUAACUAGGCCUCCGGUCGAUGAUGCCAUGGAGGUCGACGACAGAAUCUCUCCAAGCGCUAGUUAUCCUAGCAGCGAUAGCCAUGAUUAUAGCCCAAGCGUGAAACGUAUUCUCUUCUACGACAGAAAUGACCCCUACUAUGGUUUUACCAACUUCUCGGCCCACACAGUGAAUUACAAAGGCAAACUGUAUCCGACGAGCGAACAUCUUUUCCAGUCAUUCAAGUUUCAAGGGCACAGACCUGACCUUGCUGAACAUCUAAGGACGUUCUCCACCCGACCUAGCGAUGUGUUCAAAGAAGCUCGUCGCUUUCAAGCCGACGUCCGCCCAGACUGGCUUCAGGUUAAUGUAGAAAAGAUGGAUGAAACACUCUACCAUAAAUUUACGCAACACAAUGACCUACUUGCGGAGCUUAUGGGAACCGGAAACGCAGAGCUCGUCGAGGACUCGGCUAAAGAUGCCUUCUGGGGUAUAGGGGCCGAUGGUCGAGGCCGUAACGAGCUAGGAAAGUCGUUGAUGCGAUUGCGAAAGAGAUUAAGAGCAGAAUCAGGUGGCGCAGGCCAGCCUUCUGUUUAUGGAGCUUUCAAAACAAUGAUGGCGACAGCUCUUUCUCCCUCGACUAAGAACCAGGUCCCCACCCAUCGUGCUACACCGACCAACACAGCCCUUUGCGAGUAUUGCCACCAAAGACCAAAGUAUCAGAACCAUCCUUACUGCGGUAAAACGUGUGCUAAGCAAGCAAAGGCGACAGCCCAGACCCCAAAUUUAUGCAUUCAAUGCCACAAGCGACCAAAACAUGGGAACCAUGACUAUUGUGGAAGGACUUGUGCCACGUACGCUAAGCAAGCAAAGAUGACAGUCCAGAUCCCAAGUAUGUGUGUCCAAUGUCACAAGCGGCCAAAACAUGGAAAUCAUGACUAUUGUGGAAGGACUUGUGCUCAAAUCGCGAAGAAUAGGCUUGCUGCGUUUGGCCCUCCAGGAACUUCAAUCCCCAGUACACCGUCUUCGCUUCUGUCACCGGACUCACUCCGCAGAAAGUCAUCAGAGAGCAUAGAUUAUUCCCCCAAUAAGAGAGCAAAGCCAGACAUCAUUUCUCCUGCGCAUUCGAAACGCGACUCAGCACCUGUCAUUUUUAAUCCUUCGCCUCUACCAAGAGCUCCAGCGCCUGUCUCUACUCCCUCCGAUGACAAGCGCAAUAUCGUGUAUACGACAGAACCUUCCACCAGAACUGUCAGGUCCGACGUAGUUUCAUUUCCCAGGAUCAAGAUUUCUCCUGCUGCCAGCCCGAGUCUACGUUCGCCGGCAGUGGUGAUACGGAUUCCCUCCUCUCGUACGAACAUAUCGUCCUCAGGUGCCGUAUCUAGCGACGAUGAGGAUGCCUACUAUUCGUGUCCGGAUGAAGAUGCACCCACAAGUCCUGGUAAGUAUAUCGGAUUCCGACGUUGAGGCCAAGAAAAACGGCACAAAGAACGGUGUCAUCAUUUACGGGAUCAGAAUAGGAUUUGGUUAUGCUCUCUUUUCUAGGUAUAACUGGGCUAUGCCAAUCUGCAUGUUCGGUUUUCAUUUCAUAUAUGUCUCUUACGCGACCAUUUGUUUGCUGGUAGUCGAUGUAUAUCAAACUCAUCUCCGUCGAUUCUAUGUUUCUUAGUUCCCGUGUAUUGAAAUUGUAAAUUGUUUCUUGUAUUGCUAUCGCUGUUCUUCAGUUGUUAUGUGCUUGUCAAAAAUCCAUAUUCAUUUAUCAUUACA